AAAGUAUUCAAAUCCAUCUUCAUAUAAGAAUUCGGAUUUAAAAGUUCUGAAAUGUAAGUACCCAUCCUGCCAAGGGUGCUAAAUUUUUACGAUCAGAACGCAACCGAACAAUUAUUUUAUGGUUAGAAUCUAUACCAUGCAGAGUGUUCAUGAAUUCAAGAAAACAAAACUUUUUGUAAAAAAUGAAAAAUAUUUUAUUUCACAAAAUGACAUAUACAAAAACAAACUUGCCUUCGCAUACUUAACGCAAAUUCUACAACAGGUCUUGUGAACACAGAUAUGGUAAUACUAGUAUUGUAAUUUAUAUUUCUUAAUGCUUAUGAAAUCUUGAACUGUGAGGGAGAAGUGACAUCACUUUUGCAACUGCAGCGCCACGACACUAAUUCAAUUUUUUUUCUAUGCACGACACACAGUUUCGCUAUCGUUAUCGUUAUCAUAAUAUCUUGCAGCAAUUUAAUUGUUUACCUGUAGGACAAUUUGAUACUUUCGCUUAGUAACUGAAGUAAAAUCAUGUUAUAACUGUCUUUUAAGUGUAAGAUUGUGUAGUUAGCUUUAGAUAAUAAUGAGUGUCGUAAAAAACGCUAAUGUUUUAAACUCCAGCUCCAAGAAAAAAAGUGGUGGGAUUUUGCGGCAGGCAAAAUCUCGUAGAGAUCAAUCAGCGGAAUCUGAUCCUAUAACAGAAGAAGAAUUGUUACAAAAAGAUGUUAUUACUCCUGACGACGUUUUGAGACUAAACAGAGUUACAGAAAAUUACCUUUGUUCUCCUGAAGCUAAUGUAUAUGAUAUUGACUUCACACGUUUUAAGAUACGAGAUAUGGAAACUGGAACAGUUCUUUUUGAAAUAGCAAAACCACCACCACCACCAGAGGAUGAUGAUACAGAUGACAGAGAUCAAGACCAAGAAGACACAGAUCCUAAUGCUGGCCGUUUUGUGCGAUACCAAUUUACACCUCAGUUUCUAAAGUUAAAGACUGUUGGAGCUACUGUUGAAUUCACCGUUGGUGAUAAGCCUGUUAAUAAGUUUAGGAUGAUAGAGCGUCAUUACUUUCGAGAGAAGCUGCUGAAAACGUUUGAUUUUGAAUUUGGCUUCUGUAUCCCCAACAGCAAGAACACUUGUGAACAUAUUUAUGAAUUCCCUGUUCUAGAUCCCGAUAUUUGUGAGGACAUGAUUGCAAAUCCCUUUGAGACACGGUCAGACAGUUUCUAUUUUGUGGAUGACAAGCUAAUAAUGCACAAUAAAGCAGACUAUGCUUACAACGGAGGACUGCAACAAUGAAUGCACUAGUUGCCUGCAGUUAUGCACUUGGCACUUUUCAAACGUGAAAGCAUCACAUGCAGCACUCCAGGCUUCUGGUCUCACCAGUGGUUGAAUACAAAAAGAGAGAGGGAGCGUAUUCACCAAAGAGUACCACAUUUAAAAUAGUGUUAAAAAAGUCCAGUCAUGCAGUAUUCCAGAGUUUUAAAAGUUGUAUGAAGUGAAGGGAUUGAUAAAAAUAAACCAAAAGCCAUAAUACUAAAACAUGCAUAUCAGUAAUAGUUAAUGAAAUGGACUAAUACAGUGUGCAUGCACUAACACUAUUCAACCACUGGUGCUUGCUUUGCAUUAGUUGCCUUCUUCUUGUGUUUCCCCCCUGUCAUUUUGGCUGCUGCAUUGGUGUUUUGGAGGUUAAAAACCAAAUGUGUGCCUCACAUAUUUCAAACUAGUCAUCAAUGGCUGAAUAGAAAUGUUGUGAGAAAUUCUCUGACACUCAAGCCAUUGAACUGAUACAUUUUUAUGUAUCAAGUCUUACUUUAUACUAAUUUGUAUUAAAUAUAUAAUUUCAGUUUGUUACAAAGCAUUAAUUAAAAUAUCUAGUCUCUUUGAAUUUUAAUUCAUGUUCUGUCAAUUUUGUAUGUAUUUUCAAUGAACAAAUAUUUUAUUGAUCUGAAAUUUUUCCUUUGAAGCAUUUAUAUAUUAUAUGGCAUUUUUCUCAUGUAAAUAUGUCAUAAUGAAUUUGCUCCUAUUUAAAAAAUACCUUGCUUUUAUUUUCUUACUAGAAAGGGGAAAAAAUUAAGUAAGAUAACUUUUAUUUCUUGUCAUGUGAAAUGAAUACAAUUUAACAAAUUGUAAUUUACAAAAUAUAAACUUAUAUUUUUUCCAAAAGAUAAAAAGAAAAUUUUGUAGUAUUUAUUUUUUUUCUCUGUUUGUUAAAAUUAGUAUUCAUUUCAAAAUAUAAAUUUAACUUUUACUUAUUUGAUAAAAAAAAAGGAAAUUUUAAACUAUUUAUGUUUUCCUUUUCUAGUUAAGAUCAGUGUUUCUGUAUGUAUUUAAUGUGAGUUUUUAUACUGUAUCUGAUCUUCAGAUGUGUGCAAAAAAUCGUUUUAGUAUGUUUUUAUUGCGAACAAAUAUUUCUAUCCUAUAUGAUUAAUUUAUACAUGUCUAAUAUACCUACACUGAAAAAUACUGUAAUUUAAAUUGUGCAAUGUUCUUCAAAACCAAAGGUUUUAUUGUUGAAAAUGUCAGUAAUUUUUAUAACUUAGUGCAUAUUUAUUUGGAAACAAAUAUGUGUUGGCUAUUUAGUGUUGUAUACAUUUGUUGUGUUGAUAUAUUGUUUUUAAUGGACAGGUGCUCAUAUACACACACAAGUGAUGUAAUGUAGGUAAUCUGGGACCACUGCUUACUGCCAGUCAACUUGAAAUUCUGCAGUUUUACACUUUAUGGCUUAGAGCUUAAAAAAAAAAAAAAAAAAAAAAAA